AUGAACGAGCUUUGCGGCGUAAAGAAAUGCAUGGACAGACCCAGCUUCGGAGAAAACGGGCACUCAGAAGCAUUUUACGCGAUGGCAUCAGCAAUCGAGAAGGAGUCGGAGAGGUACUUCGGUACCAAGCUCACUUGCAAGAAGAGCACGAUCUCCUCACUAGAACAUACAGGAGCAGAGGCGACAGAUACUCGACCGAGGCACGUUAUAAGCACGUUUAAGGUAGAAGCGUCGAAGGAGGCUGUAUCACUUGGACGCCCGAGCAGAGGCAACAGAUACUCGACCGAGGCACCCUAUAAACACGUACAAGGCAGAAGCGUCGAAGGAAGAGCAAGUAAGGCAUUUGUCUACAUUACUUCAACAAAAGGACGCAACGCAGAAGAAGAUACGCAUAGCCAAGGGUAUCUUUGCAUUCGCAGUCUUGGUUUGUCGGAGAGAGAGAGAGAUGUGGGUGCGAUUCUGCCGGUUCUUUUUCGCCAUUUCAUCGAUUGUAUUCUCGAAACGACCGCGACAUUCAGCUUUCAUCCCCACGGCAUCGGUAGAGAAAACAGAGGUGGAAUGAGAUGUUUCUUAUCACAAUCGGCCUUCGGUCGUGGAUGGCGAGAGAUCGAGGAGGCUUUGGGAAUAGAUGAUGGCUUGCUUACUGCUGCUCUGCUUCGGGGAUAUGCUUGA